GUACUGCAACGCGACUUACGACACCAUAUUGUGUUGGCCACCCACCCCUGCUGGAACCGUUGCUAGGCAAUAUUGCCCCCCACUAAGAGGCCUGGAUACCAAUAAAUAUGCCACGCGAAAUUGCACAAUCACAGGACACUGGGAAGGAACGUCCAGCAACGGGGAGGGCUACACGGACUACCUCGGCUGUUAUGACAAGACAGGCUACGAGGCCUAUAAAGCCUACCUGGAGGGGAAGACGCCCGAGGAAAGAAUGGCUAUGAAAGAAAUUGCUAAGAACACGAGAGCCGUGGAGGUCGCCGGACUGGCCGUCUCUCUAGUCGCCUUGGCAGUCUCCCUCUUCAUAUUUUCAUAUUUCAGGAGUUUAAAAUGCAGUCGCACAAAGAUCCACGUGAACCUGUUCAGCGCCAUGCUUAUCCAGGUCCUGUGUCGUCUGGUGCUGUACAUAGACCAGUAUGUGGCUCGUCUUGUGGCGGGAGAAAUUGCGGGGGCCGCCGCUGGAACGUCAGGGACAAUUUCAGAUACGCGGGUCGUCUGCGAGGCCCUGUAUAUUCUAAUGGAGUACACGUGGACGGUGAUGUUUAUGUGGAUGUUCAUUGAAGGCCUUUACCUCCACAACCAGAUCACAGUGUCGGUCUUCUCAGACGGUCCAAAUUUCAAAUUGUACCACUGUAUAGGAUGGGGGGUACCGCUCAUCAUUACCAUACCAUGGGUCAUAACGGUGGCUGUGACGUUACCGCCAACAGAAGGGUGUUGGUUGGGUAUUGAGUUUCUGACUACGUACUGGAUCAUACAGGGGCCACGAUUGGUUAUAUUUGCGAUCAUUAAUCUCACCUUCUUGGUGAUCAUAAUAAGUGUGCUGGUGAACAAGCUAAAGGAAAGUCGGUCUUCAGAGGCGGAGCAAGUCAGAAAAGCCGUAAAGGCCGCCAUCUUGUUACUGCCAUUGCUUGGCAUAACAAACAUCAUGGGGAUGGUGAAACCGCCAAGUGACACAGUCGUUGCCUAUGGUGUCUAUAGUUACACCUCUCAUAUACUGAGCUCCUUUCAAGGAUUCCUAGUCGCGUUGUUCUACUGCUUUCUAAAUGGCGAGGUCCGCCAAGCACUCAGCAAACACUGGGACAGGUACUGGCAGAGAAAGGGACAAUACCGUAGAACAAGCAGAUCACAGUCGUUAUACACGUCAGAGACAGAAGUGCAGUCCACCUUUCCUGGGAAGGGGUUUGUUAAAAUCCAACUGGCAAAAUCAACACAAAAGUCCAAGUUGAACAACGGUGUCCACGUGCAAGAUAAGACUUCCGGUUCCAGCUGUGAGCCCGACACGACAACGCUUUAAUCUUUGUAUAUAUACUCUGUAAUGUCAUCGAUAUCAUUACUCAAACUAUCAUCAUACAUGUACACAUAUAUAUAUAUGUACAUUUGGGACAUUAUGUGAUCGUACGUCUGUGCCAUUGGUUUCGAACCUUAAAAUGUGACCUUGGUUACUUGGUAUUAUACUCGGGUUCAUCACGUGAAAUAUGUUUUACAAUCGGCAGCACAAUGACAAGCGCCGUGUAGAAGUCAUAUUUUCAUCUUUGUAGCAUUCUACGAAAGUAACGCAUUGCGUUGUAGUAUUCGCCGUGAUGCUGUACAUUGUCAGUACUCUAGAUUGAGAAUAUUGAGGGAAACGUUUUGAUAUAUACAUGUAAUAGUAUUACAGGUUGUUUAUUGAAACAUUUUAAGUAGUAUUAAUGCCAAUUAUGUACAUACGCAAACAACUACACACACACACACGCAUGCGCGCACACACACAAACGGCCGAAAUUAAAUUAUGGAUGAUAUCAAAUAUCAAAUAACAAAAAACUAAGAAUUGUGAUUAUAUACUAUGGUAGUUACCAAUGUUAUGUCAUAUCUCAAGUAGUUGCUGUUGGUUAUAUCUCAAGUAGUUGCUGACAAACAAUAUCAGCAAGAACUGUCAAACUACCCUAGGAAAAAAGGAAGUAGCGUCUGUUGCCAAUUCACUCUUCAGUGGCGCAUUUAGGGGGAUGU